AACCACAUUCUACUACACUAAUUAACGGACUUCUAUAGGUGUCGCAUUGUUUUUGACAUAGUAUUUAUCGCGGUAGUAUCAGAACCGGUUUAUGAGGAGCCUGUUCGCGUCCUCUGGUGGUAUCGGAGCCUGUUCGCGUCCUCUGGUAGUCUACAGAGAACCAGUCUAGUCUACAGAAAUUUGACAUGCAUUCGUUUUGAUUGCUGAUUUAUUGAGCCAAGCCGUUGUUCAGGCACACUUCGCAAAGGGCGGCAAUGAGCGGCUCAGUUUGAAAACAAAACGUCAAGCGAGGGAUAACGUUACUACAAAUCCAUCUGGACAAAGAUGUCACAAAACGACGCCUUACAUUAUGUUGAUCUGGAGAACGCAGGAGAGGCGCUCAUCGAGCUCAUUGAGAGCAGUAAAGCUGAAAAUGCGCUGAGGGCAGCGAGAAAUAAACAGCAAGCACUGUUUGACCACCACAUGGAGGCGAAGAGAACGGUCACUCAACUCUUAAAUAGCCUGGUGCACUCUGAAGAACUGGUUGGCCAGAAGCUCCUGGAUCUGGAGAGUCAGAAGAACCAGAUGAUGCGGGAUCUGGAGAGUGUGGAGCAGGAGGUGCAGCGGAGUCUGGCCAAAAGUCACACUCUGGAUUCAGAGAUACAAUUUCUGCAGAGAGAGAUAGAGAGGCUAAGGGAGAAUGAGCAGGAAAUUCAGGCUCUGCAACAUGAAGUAGAUGAAGACACUACUGAAGUCAUUCCAUCAGCCAUAUACUUGGCUCAGCUCUACUUUAAGGUUACCAAAAUCAAGCUGGAGUUGGACACGGAGCCACACAUUUUGAGGGGAGCACACUAUGGUACAGAUCUGGCUACCCCUAUAAACAUAGACACAUCCAGCCGGUCCCCCUGUGAGGUCAGCGAUGAGCUGUGGAGCCUAGUCAGCACAGACUGGUAGAAGUCCAUUGGACCAUGGGAUAGUCCAUUGUAAAUUUAUCAUUAUCAUCAUUUAGCAUUGUACUUUUCUCAUUUGUGUGUUUUGUUAUACAUUCUGUAUAAUAGCCUAAAAUCUACUUUACUAAGUUCAAAUAUAUGUUUUGUUGAUUGUUA